AUGCUUGAUUCGGCAUCUGAAGAAAACGAGAAGCUACUAGGUCAUUUAAUGCUCGUAUGCAGUCAAGUUGCUAAGAAAGAAAAAUUAACUUCAGGAUAUCGUGUAGUCGUGAACAACGGUCCUGACGGUGCUCAGUCAGUGUACCAUUUACACCUGCAUGUCCUCGGUGGUCGUCAAAUGAAUUGGCCACCUGGGUAA